AUGAGCCGUAGCCCAUUCAACACUCAGAAUGAUCCACUGCUGUUUGACUCGUAUGACCAACCCGAUCAAUCCUCGCUCUUUGCCCCGACCCCAGGAUAUGGUUUCUGCCAGACGCCCUCCGUGAUGAGUUUGAUUAGCCCUGAAGACCGCCCAGAUGACGAUUUCCUCCCGCAGCACCGAUCUCCUCAAAUAAGCCAAAUACGACUACUUCAGCUGGAUGAGUGGGAGGAAGGAAGGUUGUAUGAUGAGCUUCCACCCACCUGUCUUCACUAUUCAAUUGUGUGGAAGAUGACCCUCAACAACAAAACUAUCCAGAAAAACACAGAGCAAGACCUGGUGUUGGCUCCGCGGUUUCACUGGCGUCUUUUUUUAGAGCCAAAGUUAAAGGAAGUUGUAGGCAAGAAAUUUCCACAGAAAAGAGUUGAAAUAGAUGAUACAACUGUUGCUGUAUCAGUGAAUCACCGUAAUCAGCCAGACCUCACUCUUUCUUGUGACAAGACUGAGGUGAACUGGCCUGCUGUGGAGAAACAGCUUCUCGUGUGGGGUGAAUUUUUCCAUGCUGGGAAGAAACUAACACUGAAUAUGUCAUUCAACUAUACUGAGGACAGUCAGGACAGUCACUCCCUAAGGCCCAGUCCAAGAGGGACAGAUAAAAGAGGGACUUCAUCUGCUACACAAUUUAUGUUGCUUCAGCGGCAGGCAAACAUCAGUGCACAAGAACAGGCCACUGGGCAACCUCCUACUUGGGACCAUGUUUACAGUCUGAUGCGGUGCUCUAGUGGAGCAUGUGAGCUGGGGCCGCAUUGCUGGCGUGACCCUACAAGCAAGAAGCAUAUUAAGCUGACAGUACAGAAUCUGAGGGCCCUUGUGGACUAUACAGAGGAGGGUGGUGUAUUGAAAUCCCACGAUGACGUCCCUGAGUCAAUUCGUGAAAAACUAUAUAUACAGGAGCAGCAGCGACUUGAGAGGCAAAAGGGAGGCACUCAGUCCACCAAUGGGUAUCCUCCUAUAAACAUCACCAACAUCCUUCCUGUGCAGACUUCUCCUCUUUCUGUGCCAACUACACCGACUCCGAUGCCGACCACGUGUCCGGGAAAAGCGCCUCCGGAUUUCCUUGAGAUCCCUGGUCUGCGAGACCUUGCUGUUGCUGAAUAUAGUGACUGGCAGCAAUCACAAGUAAAUGAUGAGAAACUAAAGGCAGAGUUUCACAAAGCUUGCGAUACUGCCCUUGAAGAUGGACUGGAUCUUGUGCAGAUCCACGAGGAUCAGGAUCCGGGAUUUUUCAUCAAGAACGGCGUCAAAAGAGGCAUUGCUCGUCGUUUUGCUGGGGACAUCAAUUAUUGGGUCAAGCAUUGUAAGUGCAACAUAGAAGAUAGACUAUAG